UUCGGGAAAGGCUGGACGUGUGAAUCGUUGUCGCAGUGAAUUUCCUGUAUGUUUCCAGUGGAGAAGCGUCAUCAUGGCGUAUCGCGGUGCCUGCACUGGAAUUUUUGGCUGCUGAAGCCAGGGUUUAUCUAGGACUGAGAGUGGGGUUGAAAGGGAUCAAUUGUGAUUUCCGGAGCACAGGUAGCUGGACUAUUCGAUGAAUAACUGGGCCUAUCAAUCAAUCAAGCUAGGCUGAACAAUUUUUUUCACAUCGAGGUGGCUUUCAUCCAGCGCGGGAUUCUUUGAACUCGUGGCAAUGCAAUCAUCGUUGGACAUCGUUACAGUGGUGUAGUUACGAGAUUGGUAGUGGAUUGAGAGAACGGAUCCUGCCGCGGCUCCCGGUUCUUCUCCCUUACAGCUUUGUGCACAAAUUCCGGAUUCAAGGAUAACCGUUCAACUUUGGGGCAGAAGCGAAUUGUGAGUGUGUUUUUUUCUGCAAACUCGGUCGGUCAACUCUUGGCGGACGAUACAUUUUGAAUGAGAUUGUAGAAUAAAGCUGGAGGAAAAAUAAGCGCGCUGUGGUUCACGGCCAGCCAGUCAGCCAGCGAGCAAGUGGAUCAAAGCAUUUGGCUACCCAGAGGGCACAAUCUCUGGCCAACCGGGAACGCUGCCAUCUGUCCGGUCUACAGUCUGAGUCUGGGUCUAUCCGGUCUUUUUGCGCUGGGCUGGAAUGAUAACGAAGUGCUUAGCCCAUCGGAAGGUGGACUACAGCUGAAGGAGCAGAACAGAGCUACACAAAAAAAAACCUUCGACCCCAACAGAUUAGAGUGAAAUUGUCGAGGCUCGUGCCAUCCGGAGAACGUGCUAUGUGAAUUCUCAGCUGCAGCUGGCCUGUAACUGCUAACCUACCGAAGCUAGGCAGCAAAUAAAUCGAUGUGGUUUGCAAAAAGUUGGUUCAGGGCUGCUGGUCCUUUGUGAUUGGGCAAAUUGGAAUAAUAAACGGUUAUCUGGCCGAAGGCUCUUGGCUCAGCCUGUAGUUAGGCAGCCAUUGCUGUAUUUGUUAUUCGGCUGGAUUUUCUGUGCCACCUUUGAACCACUGCAGAGAGCUGGUUGGGAGCUAAAAGGUGUUGACAGAGCGCUCCAACAAGUAUAGGAGUGUAACAACAACAAGCAGCUUCUGGUGAUGUGAUUUCACAACCAUUAAUGGGUGCGGGCCGCUAGCGAGCUUAAUUAAGUUCAACCCGGUGAUUUUAAACAAUAGGCGUGUGGAUGUGAUAGUGUCGUUUCCAAUAGUAAACCAGGGAAAGUGUGUGGGUAGUGUUAAGGGGCUCAGUACCAGUAUACGUAGUUUGUGUGUUCAAACAAGAAAACAUCGGAUUAUAUCGACUAACUUCUUUUCCGCAGAACGUGUGAAAGCCAGCGGAUAAAAAGUGAACGCGAACGCGCGGCAGCUAUUUCAACACCCGCCUCGACAAACUGAAAGGCUCCCGGAAGCUCUUUCUGUAAAGAUCCGGGCGAAAGCCUUAGCUGCUGCUCAACAUCAGCGACCGGAUUCGGAUCUUCUGCCGGUGACACAAUUUCUGGCAGUGAACGAAAAAAGAUUACACCGAAACUGCCGGACAGCCGUUGUAAUGUUUACAUCUUCACGGGAUUAAAUCUGUGAAACGCACCGCACGCCCAACAAGAACAUCUUGGAAAAAAAUGUCAUCCUCUAACGUGAACCAGAAGUUGGACUGAAUUCCGUUUCCAUCCCGCGUUGUCAGUUAUAAUUGUAAUCUUGCUGGGACAGAGACAGAGACAGAGCGAAGAACGACCAAAGAUGACCGGUUGCUCGUGGGGACACUUUCAUCGCCUGGGCCGCCAUCAUUUGUCAACAUCAACGCCAUCGCUGGUCGAGCUAACAGCCGUCGAGGAGUCAUCAACGUCAGCAGCGGAAAUCCCGGCCAAGCGGCUGUCAUUCUGUUUUUAAUUAAAAUUUCACCGUUUCGGUGGAACAUACGACAGGGAAAAGAGAAGGACCACCAUCCAACAGUGGUUGAGAAAUAAAGAACGGAGAUUGAAACACAUCAGCUGAGGAGCUAAAAUCUCCUUGAGUUACGUAACGCAUUCUGCUAGGAAAAAACACAUACUGACACUAGAAUAGAAAGAUAUUACAUCGGAAAACAAAAAAAUGACAACCCGAUUAAGCCCGUUGGCCACCGGCAGCUGUCGGAUUAUAAUCUACUCGAGCACACUGAUUUUGUUGGUGUUCCUCCGGCAGGUUUACUCGUUCUGCCCUUCGAUAUGCACCUGCAAGGUGGACCCAAAUGUGCGCACCUGGUGCAUCGGGGCAGGUCUGGACGUGGUCCCGAUUCAGCUGAACCCGGACGUACGGUACAUCAACCUAACCUCCAAUCAGAUUACCAACGUGCACUUUACCCUAAGCUUCUACCAUAAGCUGGAAGCCUUGGAUCUUUCCUUCAAUCGGAUUGAGUCUCUGGGUUCCCGGAACUUUGACACCCAAGAAAACCUAAGGAUGUUGAACCUUAGCGAUAAUGCGAUUGUAUCCGUUCCGAAGGAUUCUUUCAAGGGACUCAAGCGACUGCAGAUCCUCAAGCUCUGUAACAAUCGCAUCGAAUCGAUCCAUUCAGCGGCGUUCCACGACUUGAGAAAUCUAUUAGAACUAGAUUUCUCCAAUAAUGCCAUCAUUUCUCUAGACCAUGGAGUACUCCGACAUCUGUACUCGCUAGAAGCUCUCUCUUACCAAAACAAUCAGCUGCUGGAGAUUCCUUACGAACAUAAUCUGGAACAUCUCUCACGGUUGCAGAUUCUAGAUCUCUCUGUCAAUCUGAUCGAAUUCAUUGGGAACGAUAGCUUCGUGGCCCUCAGAGAACUACGAACACUCAAGCUAGGAGGAAACGUCCUUACCGAGUUGGACUACGGAGCCUUCCACGGGAUGAACGCCCUCAGGGCGCUGGAUCUAGCGGACAAUAACUUUACGGUCGUGCCAACGCUGCAAUUAUCAAAGUUGUGUAAUCUGACAUAUUUAUCGCUGAGUGGCAACAAUUUCGACGCGCUUCCGGCCGUGGCGUUCCUGAAUCUGUUCCAGCUGCGCCAUCUACACCUGGACCGGUUGGACCGUCUGGAGCGGAUAGACGCGCGAGCUUUCGUGGACAACACUAACCUGCACACCCUGACCCUGGAUGAUAAUCCGGCCUUCGGCAACCUUCCGCUACGUCUCUUCCAGAGCACUCCCCAUUUGGUGGAAAUAUCGGUGCGCCGAAACGCUUUGAUCCGAAUAGAUCCGGUCCAGUUCCCUCUGGAUCGUCUGCACCGUCUACGGCUAGCUGGGAAUCCUCUGGUCUGUAAUUGCUCUCUGCUGUGGUUGUGGCGUUUAGCAGUUGACGGUGACCCAGAUGAUGAGUUUCUGCUGACUUCGGCUGCUUUGACGAGUGCCGGUUCUUCCGUUGAAGAUGACUCGUCUCGUGGUUCACAUCCUUUGCUCAUCGAUCGCGAUGAACUUGGAUGUGAUCUGUUUGAAGAUGGAAGAAAGAUUCGACGAACUCUGAGAACCAUGACCGAAUCGGACCUGAACUGCCCCACUCAUGUGGUGACAGUCGUGAGUGCCGUUUUCAGUAUAUUGCUGAUUUUGGCAACCGCUGCUAGCGUAUUGUACUUUUUCCGACUUUCGAAGCGUCGGAAAAAGUUGCUCCAAGAGCAGAGUAAUGUGAAUGAUCUGAUUGUGCCACAAAAAGUAGACAAGCUAGAACUGGAGCGUUAUCUGGCUCAGCAGACACUAGCUAGCGAAUAUAGGCCGCUAAGGGGAGGCCCGUGGGAGGUUACUCCGAUUCUGAAGAGCUCCGACGAUCACUACUACGGUGCAAACAACACUGGUCACAGUGGAGGACCCUACGGCAACGUGAUUCACGAACCGGAUCACUACGAGAGCUUCGAGUACUACCAGCAGCACACGUCGUCCUCGUCGAUGUCCAAGACGGCACCCCGAAGUAAGCGGCCGUCGAUGUCUUCGAUGGGAUCGGCCACGACGAUGACGAAACCCCACAGGACCCUCUCGAGGCCGCACAUUGUGUACGUAUGACUCUAGACCGGCCGGCGAAUCCGUAGCAUCAGUAGCAGCAGCCUUGGUUGGAAGGAGCAGAAAAGUGGCGGCAGUUCCAGUGUGCGGCCACUCCUAGUCGAUAGUGCCGUUUGAGGGGUGAGAGGCAGAAUCUUCCAGAAUACACAACCCUGUAUGAAUAUUAUUCCAUUUUGUACCGUAGAAAAAGUGUAAGAAAAGCUUAGUGAUAAGAAUAAGAGUCUUGAAGUAUGUAUAGGAAAACUUGCUACGAUUAUUCGCUAUAAGGCUUGCAAAAGUUGAUUAUUUUUUGGGGGCGAGUGGGUAAAACAUUUAUCAACAACAUGCUUCAAUCUUCGUGAGGAAUACAUAAGUUAAGAGCAAGAGUGACGUGCGGAUGCGUGAUUUAACAUAUUUUCUUGUUUUCAACUUAUUAAAAUUUGCCUUGCACCAUUUCAUCUUAUCAAGAAGCUUUGAAAGAUGUCGAGUAAGUUGCGCCACUUUGAAUAUUUUUAUCCGUCAAUGUUGGCGAUAAUAUGAGAAAAAUAGUGAAUUGUGAGUCCAAUUUUAAGAUUUUAAAAUUACUGGACAAAACUCUAAAAAUUUAGAGUCCUUUAGUUAUCGAAUGUUUUGUUUGAAAUUUUGUAAAAUGAAGUAUGAAAUGUAGCUCAUUUUAGAUAUGCUUCUAAACAAAGCGUACAAUUUACUUCAAAAAGAAAAUUAUGAAAUGGCGAUUUUUCGUUAAAUAUUUUGAUCAUUGAGUAAAAUUUAAAUCGUUAUUAAGUUUGAAUGUAACGGAAUGAAUUUAUGUUCAAUGAAUAAUCAUAGCUCAACAGUUUUGUAAGGCUUGCAUUCAUAAAAUAAAAUGAUUGUAACUUUCGAAAUACUAUUCGUCAAUAGAGAUACGAAUGUUUGUUUGCAAAUAUAAAUAUAAUUUUUCUUUGUAUCCUUACCUUUCUUUUACAUCAAAUUGCUACAAGUUUUUUGAAUUUCUUAGGUAGACAGCUCUAGUUUUGAAUAUGGUUUAAUGAAUAUAAUUUUAACUUCUUUAAGUUUUCAAGAAUCUUACAAUAAUUGUUAACUUAGUCUUCUUUUUUCCAAAAAGUGUUCCAUUAUGGACAUAAGAAACUUUACAUCCAGACAUCAAGAAAGUGAAUUUAUUAUGAUUUUUUUUUCUUAAAAAAAAAAAGCAUCGUUUUUGAAUUUAUUACACCUUCCACAUAUUAAAUCUUUCUAGGAAAAAAGCCUAUUUUUGCAGGGAUACCUGACUAAACCUCAGAAAAAAUGACACAUGUUACAUAAUUUGGAUAUUGUGAUAAUCUGUAUUGGAAAAAUAUUACAGAAAAUACCCCGUCGGGAGCGGGUGGAUUUAAGAAUCAGUUAAGGCACACUGCAAUCAUUUGAAAUACAGAGGGAAAAGUUAAAAGAGGAAGUCGAUUCACAAAUAUUAAGCAGAAAGAUUAAGGUGCGGGAAAGAAAUUGUGAAUAGAAUAUGCAUAUAUUGGAAAAAAAAAAUUCGGAAUUCAAAAGACGAACAGACACAGUGCACAAAAAAGUAAUUUGAAUAAUGAUGGCGAGGGUGUGCUGGAAAAAACGUCUUUAGUGUGCUUCUGAUUAUGAUUGAAUCGCAGGGGAGAGUCUUGUAAGAGAAAAAUUGAUCUGAAGCUCGACAUUUUACAUAAGUUUUGUUUGAAAGAAUUGAUUCAUAUUUCAUAAAUAAAUAAAAAAAAAUCAUAUUUUAAAAACGACAUUUCUUCAACGUUUCUUGAAGAUAACUUUUAAGAGGUACAAGUAAACUCAAAUCAUUUCAAAUUCGCUUUCUGAAAAAAUACCAAAAAAAAUCAGCAAAUUAAGUAUGUUACCCUUAAAUAUGCAUAAGCCAACAAAGGGUUCGAUAUCAUCGUUAUUCCAGCGAAAGCUGGGAGCUAUCCAUAUUUAACCCUUCGUUUCAUGAUUUUUUAUUUUUCCUUUAAAAUUGUUUUAAACAGUUGAAAAUGAUGAAUACAUCAAGAAAAAAAAUUAAAAUAAAAUUCGAUUUUUCCAUUUUUUUAUACAUUAAUUGUUGCAAAUUUGUUACUUUAUGAAACGAAGGGUUAAUUAACAUUAGAUAUACUCUAUAGUCGCUGGAGUUGUAUCACAAAUAUGUUCCAUUUCUUAUAUAACUUGUAAACAAAAUAUGAAAAAAGAAAAUAUGAAAAUUAACAAUACAAAUUAUCAAGGGUAUGCCUUAAAAAAACUGGCAUCUCUGUAGCAAAUUCAAAAAACUCGUUCAUGAAGGUGUAGGGUAACGGACCUAUUUUGCACCGCUUUGGGAAGUGGCUAUGCUAUAUUUCGAAUUUAAAAAGCACAUUUUACAUUUUUUAACUGCUUUAUUCGUUCAUUACAAAGAUCAAGGCUUUUUCUAUCGAAAUAUAUCGUCGUUUGUUGCAAUUUAACAAGAUCUAAGCCUAAAAACUCGUUUCUUUGAUCAUUACUCUGGUCGGUAUUUUUCACCACCAGGUUUCAAUUUUGGAAAACCCUCUGGACCUAUUUUGGACCACCCUUAAACUAAAUAAAUUUUGCUAACGUAAACAGCAAUUGAUGCGCAAUUAUGCAAAUAAUUUAGUAAAUCUUUUCCUUUCUUAUGUUUGUAGUCAAGUUUUGUUUGUUCACGUUAAUUCAUUUCUGAACUAACUUUCUUCAACUUCUCCCCAGCUCUAUUUAAGUGCACUUGUUUGUUGAAUAGUUUUUACUACUACCUUUUUUAUGAAACUUUUUAUGCUUUGAAACAAUAAUUUUUGAAAAGAUUAUGUUAUGUAACUAGUGUGUUUUGAAUGUAUUGAAAAUUCCGUCGGCACACGAAAAUUUGUUCUGCAGUGUUAAAUACUGGCCAGUUGGCUUAUCUCCAGGAUCAAUUUUAAGAAUGCAAUCUCCUUCAGGCGAAGAAAGUUAAGAAAGUCUGACAUCAUCAUCUCCGUGACUUCAAUUGAUGUAUUUUGACUUCCAAAACCUUAUUGGAUUUGGUUUGGCUUCAGUUCUGUAGAGUACAUUGGUUCAAAAUAGAUAAAAAUGUGCGAGAAUUAUUCGAUCUUUUUAACCAUCUGAAAGCCAUACUUUUCUUCGCUGAAAAAUUCACAAAAGUUCCCAAACUCCCAACUUUAUUGAUAAUUAGCGCUUGAAAUAGUGUGCAAAAUUCUUUUCUUUUUCAAAAGUUAGGACACCGCGAAGAAAAAAAUCAGAAUUUUUCAGGACACCACUAAAUCUGUGAAAAUAACAAGCAGUUUUUUUAAAUUGCAUAGUUAAAGGCGAAAUAUAGGUGCUGAAGAUGCCUCGAAUUAUGCAACAGAAACGAGAAAAACCAUGGCUAGCCUACAGGACGUAUCGAAAAACACCAUUUAAAUAUCAUUUGAACCAAAGAUUUUCAUUGGUUAAAAUAUUUUAUUGAAGACUAGCUGAUCCCAUACGAACUCCGUUUCGCUUUCAGCUUGGAAUGUGUCAUGACCAGUUUGUAUGAAAGUCAAUAGCCAAAAAUUUUUCAGAUGCCUUUCCGAAUUUAUUGUUAAGUUAUAAUUUCAAAAACAUUGGACAAUCACUUCUUCUGUCAUCUGCUGUCUGCUACGAAAUUAGAAAUCAGGGAUUAAUUGACAUUCCCAAAAAAAACCCGUUCAUAAAUUUCGACUCGAUCGCAACGCAAUUAUUGCCAAAAAUUUAACCCCUUUCGGUGGCCUCUUUUACAAUGUUUGAUAUCUGGAAUGGAUUUCCCUUCCCUCAAAACUCCCGUGUGCAAAUUUUUAAAGCAACGUCAAUAUGGCUAAAAACAGUGAAAAUUAAUUUAUAUUGACGACCUCUUUCGUCGACCCCUGCCAAAACAUUUGACAUCUGAAAUCGGUUGCCUGUCCCUAAAAACUACCGUGUGCAAAUUUUCAUCCCAAUCCGAUGUAUAAUAACGACGAUAUUGCAAAAAUAUUGAAGGGUUAAUAUGGACGACCCCCUUUGCCGGACCCUUAAAGUGAAUUUAAUUCCUGAAAUUCAUUGCUCGUCUCUCAAAUCUCUCGUCUACCAAUUUUCAUCUGAAUUCGAUGUAUAAAAUCGUCAAUAUCACUAAAAUAUUGAAAAGUACAUAUGGACGACUCCUUUUGCCGGCCCCUUUCACUGAAUUUGAUACCUGAAAUCGAUUGCACGUCACUCAAAACUAUCGUGUACCAAUUUUCAGCUGAAUACGAUGUAUAAUAACGUCAAUAUCGCAAAAACAGCUAACAGUUUAUAUGGACGACCCCUUUGGCUGACCCCUUACACAAAAUUUGACACCUGAAAUCAAUUGUUUGUCCUUCAAAAUAUUCAUGUACAAAUUUUCAACACAUUCCGACGGAAGAUAACGUCAAUAUCGCGAAAAUAAUAUUUUUCUUGUAUGGACGACUCCUUUCAGGAGGGGUCAUCCAAAAACCGGAAAACAUUUCUCAUCAUUCCUGGUCCUAAUAAGUAUUCAUGCCAAAUUUAAGCCUUCUAGGUCUUAAGAUGGCUGAGUCUAUAGAGGACAAACAAACAAACAAACAAACAAACAAACAAACAAACAAACAAACAAACAAACAAACAAACAAACAAACAAACAAACAAACAAACAAACAAACAA